UCGUUUCGUUUCGGUUUCCUCCCAAAAAUCUCUCCCCAUCUCCUCCCUCUCCGUCGCGCCCCUUCCGCCGACGAAUCCACGAGCGCCAAAUCGAAUCCGAGGAUCCGCGGCGGAGGAGGCCACGCAUGGCGCACCGGGUGGACAACGAGUACGACUACCUCUUCAAGAUCGUGCUCAUCGGCGACUCCGGCGUCGGCAAGUCCAACAUCCUCUCCCGCUUCACCCGCAACGAGUUCUGCCUCGAGUCCAAGUCCACCAUCGGCGUCGAGUUCGCCACCCGCACCCUCCAGAUAGAAGGAAAGACGAUUAAAGCUCAGAUAUGGGAUACUGCUGGUCAAGAGAGGUACCGUGCAAUCACAAGUGCUUACUACAGAGGAGCUGUGGGAGCACUUCUUGUCUAUGACAUAACAAAGAAACAGACAUUUGAAAACAUAAAUAGGUGGCUUCGUGAACUUCGUGACCAUGCUGACUCCAACAUCGUCAUCAUGAUGGUUGGUAACAAAUCUGACCUGAACCACCUGAGGUCAGUCCAAGAGGAAGAGGGUCAGUCAUUAGCAGAGACGGAAGGGUUGUCCUUCCUUGAGACCUCAGCACUGGAAGCAUUGAAUGUUGAGAAGGCAUUUCAGACCAUUCUUUCUGACAUUCAUCAGAUCAUAAGCAAGAAGGCGCUUGCUGCCCAAGAGGCAGCAGGCAGUGGACCUCCGAUUCAAGGAACUACCAUCAACGUUGCUGAUUCAUCUGGUAACACGAAGAGAGGGUGCUGCUCUACCUAGGCGCGAACACAGAGUUGGUGAAUCUGCAGAAGGAUGUUCACAUGGAUCUUACGACACUAUAGGUGUUACUUAGGUCGCUUUUGACUCCUUUUGCCAUGUAAUUCUGGUGGGAUUGUAAUCACAAUUUAUACUGCUAGAAAGAAAUUUUUCUUGGUAGAUACCAUGUGUAGUUGCAAAUUUUUGGUAGAGACCAUUGUUUGGCAGACUUACAACAGGCUUCAGUGCAAUAUCAUAUUUCCUUUCAGUGUA